AUGUCGAGAAGGGCAUUUCCGUCCGUCCGUCCGUCCGUUCUCGGAUGCAACCCGGUCUACGUAGAAGCGUCCAGUUUGGCAGCAGCGCAUUAUCUGAUGAUGCCAACUCAACUCCCGCCGUUCCGAGAAUACACCGUGCCAGGGGGGUCAGAGCCGCGCCGACCACCGGCGCCAUGUCUCGCCUCGAACGAUGAUCCCGUGGCCGCCCGCAAGAAUAUGCAAAACUUGCUCGGCAAGGGGGCGCGGGAGUCGGCGCAGAAGGGCGGUAGAGGAACGUAUUCUUCAUGUUACCUUUAUGCUGCCAUGUCCAUGCAGGUCGAGAGAUACCAUGCAACUGCCAAGGCCAUACCCGUCGAGAGACUUGCAACUUUGUUGGGUAUCUCCGAUCUCGUGUGGGUGUGCACCGAGCCCCUGGCUUCCGCCGCUCCAUCUGGUCCCCAUGCCAGGUGUCGAACCAUGCCCUUGCUCUCACCUUCUCGCCUUUCGACCAUCCACGCCCAACCACGCCCUCAGUACGCCUCAUCAAGAGCUCGUCGCUCUCCACAAGGCUACCCAUCCCCAUCCCAACACCUCAACAGCCUUCCUACAGCCGGUACCAUGGAAGACCUCGGGAAUUUUACCGACUUCCCGUCGCCACCGAACUCGAUGUACUACGUUUACGGAGAUCAUGAACCAUACUUGUCCGAAUCGCAGAGCCCAAACAACUCAGCUUAUGACCCCGCCGCCGGAGACAGCCGGUACCCGAGCCCCGGGCACGAGGAAGGAGAAUCCGCGGACCCGUCAGAGCAGCAAAAGCCAGUAGCCAAGCGGAAACGAGAGAACCGCUACAAGAACGCCCCCCCAGCCGUGUUGUCGCGACGGAGGGCCCAGAACCGUGCCUCGCAGCGGGCGUACCGCGAGCGCAAGGACCAAAGGAUAAAGGACCUGGAGGGGAUGCUCAGCGACGCCAAGCAGCGCAACGACGUGCUCAGCCAGGCCUACGCCGCGCUCCACGCCGAAUACGUCUCCCUCAAGUCCUCCCAGAUCGGCGACACGAGCUACCCGCCCCAGUUCAACAGCAUGCCGUACGGCACCGCCGGCACCAGCGCGCCUGGCAACAUGGGCCUCAGCGCCGCUAGCAGCGUCGACGGGCUCGAGGGCAUCGACAUGUAUGUCUACGGCGACCUGAACACGGCCGGGUACACGCUCUGA